AUGGCGCCGGCGGAAAACGCUGGCUACAGCCGGGCGGUCAUGGCCGCGUCCAGACUGGAGCUGAACCUAGUGCGGUUGCUAUGCCGCUGCGAGGCGAUGGCGUCGGAGAAGCGGGACCCCGACGAAUGGCGCCUGGAAAAGUAUGUUGGUGCCUUGGAGGACAUGCUGCAAGCCCUCAAGUCCCAGGCCAGCAAACCCGCCUCCGAGGUGCUCAGUGAAUAUUCCCGCAAAGUGGAUUUCCUCAAGGGGAUGCUGCAGGCUGAGAAGCUGGCAUCCUCCUCCGAGAAAGCUCUCGCCAACCAGUUCCUCGCCCCAGGCCGUGUGCCCACCACAGCACGGGAGCGGGUGCCAGCCACCAAGACCGUGCACCUGCAGUCUCGGGCUCGCUACACGGGCGAGAUGCGCGGAGAGCUUCUGGGCACGGUAGCGGCUUCACCUCCCCAGCCAGGUGUGAGGAAGAGAAGUGGCAUUUCGGGGCCCAGUUCGGGGAACGAGAAGCCUCAGUCAGCCGCCGAGCUCGACAUUGUGCUUCAGCGCCAGCAGCACCUGCAAGAGAAGCUGGCCGAAGAGAUGCUGGGCCUGGCACGGAGCCUCAAGACCAACACGCUGGCGGCCCAAAACGUCAUCAAGAUGGACAACCAGACGCUGACCCACUCGCUGAAGAUGGCCGACCAGAACCUGGAGAAGUUGAAGUCGGAGUCUGAGCGGCUGGAGCAGCACGCGCAGAAGUCCGUCAACUGGCUGCUCUGGGCCAUGCUUGUCAUCGUCUGCUUCAUCUUCAUCAGCAUGAUCCUCUUCAUUCGCAUCAUGCCCAAGCUCAAAUAAAGGCACCCCAGUUCCACCCUGCCCGAUCACAGGUCAGCGGUCGCCAACACCCCCACCCAGAAAUCCACCCCCAAACUUCCCGGCAGGCAAGUCAGAGCUGGGCAAGAUCGUCCUUCAUCCCUCUGGGAUCAGGGUGAAGCCUGCAGGUCAGCCUGGAGGAGUGGCAUCAGCGGGUGAAGGCGUAUUCUGGGUUGCAGUAGAUGAUUGUUAAGGGACAGGCCCAUCCCACCACCCCUACACAGCAGCCGCAAGGAAUUUGGGGUGCCGGAAAGCCGCUGAAGUCCAAGAACUGUGCUGGACCCUGAAGGUAAUCUAGGAUUCCCAGGAACAGAUUCGGGGUGUGCUGUCCCCUGCUACAGAUUCUGGGACCAGGGAUCAGAGGUGGUGGCGGGUGUGGGCAGUGCCAAAGCCCAGAUGCCCUCGGGGGUUAUGGUAGGCACCACCAAAGGAACAUUGCUCGGUAGAUGUAGCUGUGGGGAGGCACACCUGGUGUUGCUUAAGGGCUACUUCCAGCUCUGGGGCUGUGAGAUACCAGGGAGGAAGUUGGGUGCUCCCACCCAGCGUUCUCUGCUGCCUUCUAGUG